CUGACUGGUCCACUGUCACUGCCUCUCAACUGAGUCCCCAGCCCCUCUGUGCCUGACUCCCCAAGAGAUUUGCUUUGCAAAGCUGCUUUCUGAAAAUUGCUCAUAGCAGUGGACUUUUGGAGGACAUCUCUCUAGGAAGUAACUAAAAGGCAGCAUGUCAGCUGAGACACCGAUCCAACUGAAAAUGAAUCCUCAGGACCUCCAGAUCCAGACACAUACAGUGGAGAAGCUUUUAGAACCUCUCAUAAUCCAGGUUACCACACUGGUGAAUUGUCCCCAGAAUCUUUCCAACAGGAAAAAGGGACGUUCCAAAAGAGCCCGAGUUCUUCUUGCUUCUGUUGAAGAAGCCACAUGGAAUUUACUGGACAAGGGGGAGAAGAUUGCCAGCGAGGCCACGGUCCUGAAGGCCGAGCUCAUGGCAGCCCUGCAGGAAGUGCGUCAAGAAAGUGAAGCCCUAAAGGUAUCAGCUGAAACAUUUACAGAUGAUCCCUGUUAUCUGCCUAAGAGGGAGGCUGUGGUUCAGGCUGCCCGUGCCUUGUUGGCUGCUGUCACCAGGCUGCUCAUCUUGGCCGACAUGAUUGAUGUCAUGUGUCUCCUGCAACAUGUGUCUGCUUUUCAGAAGACAUUUGAGUCCCUCAAAAAUGCAUCCAACAAAUCUGAUCUGCAGAAGUCUUACCAGAAACUUGGCAAGGAGCUAGAAAAUCUGGAUUAUUUGGCCCACAAACGCCAGCAGGACUUAAAAUCUCCAGCUCAGCGAGAUGAGAUUGCAGGGGCCAGGGCUUCACUGAAGGAAAACUCUCCUCUUUUGCAUUCGAUUUGUUCUGCGUGCCUGGAGCAUGAUGAUGUGGCCUCUCUCCGAGCCAGCAAGGACACAGUCUGUGAUGAGAUCCAGAAUGCCCUCGAUGUGAUUUCAAAUGCAUCACAAGGGAUUCAGAGCCCAAAGGCUGAGCCAGAGCCCCAGUCGGCCACACUGGGAAGUGCAUUGGAUGAACUUGAGAAUUUAGUAAUCUUGGAUCCGCUAACAGUGAGUGACGAGCAAAUCCGUCCCUCUCUUGAGAAGCGCUUAGAGGCCAUAAUCAGUGGGGCGGCCUUGUUGGCCGAUUCUUCCUGCACACGGGACUUCCACCGGGAGCGCAUUAUCACUGAGUGUAACUCCAUCCGACAAGCUCUCCAGGACUUGCUAUCGGAAUAUAUGGACAAUGCUGGGAAGAAGGAAAGGAGCAGUGCCCUGAAUAUCGCAAUAGAUAACAUGUGCAAAAAGACCAGAGACCUGCGUAGACAGCUCCGCAAGGCCAUUAUCGACCAUGUGUCAGACUCUUUCUUGGACACAACAGUUCCACUUCUGGUUCUUAUUGAAGCAGCCAAGAAUGGGAGAGAAAAGGAAAUGAAAGAAUAUGCUGCUAUAUUUCGUGAGCACACCAAUCGUCUUGUGGAGGUGGCCAAUCUUGCUUGUUCCCUGUCUGCAAAUGAAGAUGGAAUUAAAAUAGUCAAGACAGCAGCCAGUCACAUGGAGACAUUGUGCCCACAGGUUAUCAAUGCAGCCCUGGCUCUCACUGCCCGACCCAAAAGCCAGGCAGUGAAAUCCAAUAUGGAUAUGUAUAAACACCUGUGGGAGAACCACAUCCACGUCCUCACUGAAGCAGUAGAUGACAUCACAAGCAUUGAUGACUUCCUUGCUGUAUCUGAGAGCCACAUCCUGGAGGAUGUCAACAAGUGUAUCAUUGCACUAAGAGACCAGGAUAUUGACAAUUUAGACCGUGCAGCUGGUGCGAUCAAAGGCCGGGCUUCAAGAGUUGCUCACAUCGUUAUGGGAGAAAUGGACAGUUAUGAGCCUGGGGCUUACACUGAAGGAGUUCUGAGGAACGUCAGCUACCUUACCAACACUGCUAUCCCGGAGUUCGUCAUCCAGGUGAACAUCGCCCUGGAAGCCCUCAGCACAAACGCGAUGCACCAGUUUGAUGAUAGCCAGUUUGUGGAUGCCUCCAAAAAGGUUUAUGACUCAAUCCACGACAUCCGCUGUGCCGUCAUGAUGAUCAGGACUCCUGAGGAGUUGGAAGAUAUUUCAGAUCUGGAAGAAGAUCAUGAUGUCCGCAGUCACACCAGUGUUCAGACAGAAGGGAAGACAGACAGGGCUAAAAUGACUCAACUGCCUGAGGCUGAAAAGGAAAAGAUAGCUGAGCAAGUAGCUGAUUUCAAGAAAGUCAAGAGCAAGCUGGAUGCUGAGAUUGAGAUAUGGGAUGAUACCAGCAAUGACAUCAUAGUCCUGGCCAAGAAGAUGUGCAUGAUUAUGAUGGAGAUGACAGACUUCACCAGGGGCAGAGGUCCAUUGAAGCAUACAACUGAUGUAAUUUAUGCAGCUAAAAUGAUAUCCGAAUCAGGCUCAAGGAUGGAUGUCCUUGCCCGGCAGAUCGCCAAACAAUGCCCUGACCCAUCCUGCAAGCAAGAUUUAUUGGCUUAUCUGGAACAGAUCAAAUUCUAUUCCCACCAGCUCAAAAUAUGUAGUCAGGUGAAAGCUGAAAUCCAGAAUUUGGGAGGAGAGCUCAUCAUGUCUGCUUUGGAUAGUGUCACCUCACUAAUCCAAGCUGCCAAGAACCUGAUGAAUGCUGUGGUCCACACUGUGAAAAUGUCCUAUAUUGCCUCCACCAAGAUUAUCAGGAUCCAAAGUUCUACAGGCCCCCGACAUCCUGUCGUCAUGUGGAGAAUGAAGGCUCCUGCAAAAAAGCCCCUGAUUAAGCGAGAGAAGCCAGAGGAGGUCUUUGCAGCAGUGAGAAGAGGAUCUGCCAAGAAGCAAAUCCACCCUGUCCAAGUCAUGAGUGAAUUCAGAGGGCGACAAGUCUACUAGACUGCCUAAUCAACUCCAGCUAACCCACUUUUCGAUCCCUGCUCAAUUCACUGCCUUUGUUUUCCACUAGAUCAGUUCCUUUAGGGCACUAAUAUUUGAACAAAUAGCAUAAGACAUGUAGGGAUAGGUUUACAACUCUAAGAAACAUGGCUUCACACCGUACCUUGUAUUUGGCAAAGCCUCUCAAAACUGUUGGCUCAAUUUCCCUUUCCCACUCCCAAGAACAACGUUCCAUUUCUCCCCAUCCCCAACACCACCAAAAUAGUUGGAGGUUCAAUUGAAUCCUACCUAUUUUCAUGCAUAUCAAUAAUCACCUCCUUAUUUAGGAUGUUGAGAUGCCUUAAGAAAAGUCACAAUCUUGGUUUUCAAUGGAAAAAGUCAAUGUAAAAAUAAAUUUUAAGUGUCUACUCUGUACCAGGCAUAUCUGCCAUCAAACAAUAUAUACAUCAAACAAUUCCACCGUGAGGCCUUCCGAUAUUAUUUCCUGCUUCCAACCAAUGUAUCUGACAUGCAGUAGAGAGAAUGACAAGUCUCUCAAUGGAUUGAUAGAUUAAUAUAAAAAUAUGUAACACCUUAAUCUCUUUAACUUUCCCACCUAUCAUAAGCCCCCAAUCAUGACUUAACAGUCAUGUUUUAAAAAGAUGUAUAAUCACUGAGGGCUGACUCUCCAAUAGUCCAGCUUUUAAUGGUCUAUGCCACUCAGAGAAAUCUAACCAAGCUUCAGUAGCCAAACAACUUGCUGGUUUCAGAAGUUCAGCCCAUGAUGGUUGAAGUAUUUCACACUUAUAGAAGAAAUGUUUUUAACCUUGCGCUUUUUUAAUGAGUGUGAUGGGGAUUAUUAGCCAAUGCACAGGCCCCUUUCUUCUGCAGCCUUGUCAUCUGAAGUUCUGGCUUGUACAGGUCCAUAAAAGGAUUUUUCUGAGUAAAUGGAUCAUCACCCAUUUAGGGAAUCAGGAGAGUACAACAAAUAAAAAAGGGACUUAUAAUAGCACAAACAAAAAAAGUUCUCUAAAAGUCUGAUCCCUUUAUUAAUCUGUAGCUGGUCUAAGAAGAGAGAAUAUUGGCUUGAAAACCUCUGGACAUUUAGGGAAUAAAAGAGCUAAGGUUGUAUAUUACUCUACUGAAUAUCAAAGGCAAGUUUAUAGUAGUGACACUAGGCUGAUUUUUGAUAAACUUCUUUUAAUACAAGCCUUUGCAAACUUUUCUAACACCAAUCGCUAUUGGUGGGCUCUAUUCAGUAUACCUAUUGCCUAUAAAAACACAAGUUUGAGUACAAUGCUCCCCAAGGCUGCCUUCUGACAAAGCUCAUUUACAGCAUCUGACUUUCAAAAGGCCCUUUGCCUAGCUAAACCUCAAUAUUCUCUCUGCUCAAUUCUCAGUGGUCCUUCAAAGAUAUGUGGUUACACUGAAAAGAAUAAAGAAGGUAGUGAAGAUGUGGAUUCAAAUCCCACCUCUGACAAUUACUGGCAGCCAUAAAAUCUGACAUAGCCUUGAUUUCCUCAUCUAUAAAAUGGGGGCAGAAAUAACUAUAAUAUUUUCAACCCAGAUUUGUCUUAAAAAUCAAAUGAAGUAGUGCAGUAAAAGUGUUAACAUUAAAGGUAUCAGUCAAAAGUUAUGCUGUGCUAGGGAAGGCUGCUCAACUCAGGAGACACCUGAGUUGGAAUCCCAUCUCUCAUAUUCUCUAGUUGUCUAACUAUGAACAGAACAAAUCUCUUUUAUCCUUAAUGUCCUCAUCUCUAAAAUGGGACUGAUAAAUAAUGCCUUUAAUAACUAGCAUCCUGGGUUGUUGUGAGGAUCACUGGAUAUAAUGCAUGUAAAGUGUUUUGCAAACAUUAAAGGGCUAAAUAAAUCUCAGCUAUCA